CAGGACAAUAUAAAUACAAUUGUAUAGUGGCAACCCAGUGUCUAUGGUCUAGUCUAUGGUUAAGUCUGUCAAGAUGUCCGACGCUACCUAGUUCUAGUUGUGUGAGGCUACAAGUAAUGUUCCUUAUAGUCGACCAUGUUAGCUCCGUACCUAAUAAACAGUUCAAGGCUCAAGCUUCCAGCAGACUUUCAUUUGUCCUAACAGGUUAUGGGCCCAGCAGGCUCAUAAUUCUGUUUUAGGUGAAGAUCGGAGCUAAUAAUAUUGUGUGGCGAUGUUACACUAGAGUUAGUGUUGACGGCGAAAAACGGCGGUGUGUUUUGUCGAAAGUGGCGUCUGAAGGAGGUCGUGCGGAGAAUAGUACGACAUCAGGCACACACGAGGGUUUCGACGAGUGAGCGCGUUGGAGUUUCGCAAAAUGGAUGUUCACACAAUGGCGAUGGCGUCGACUUCAAACGUAAUAAAACUAGAAGGCCAGAAAAAUUGGAAUGUGUGGAAAUUCCAAGUGGCGGUUACCUUGAAAGGGGCGGAUGUGUUCCUUGUAGUGAAUGGAACGGAAAAAUCUGAUGAAAAAAAUAUGACAGAGUGGGCGAAGAAGGACGUCAAGGCCCAAACGAUAAUAGUUUCUAGGCUGAGCGAGGCGGCCAUGGUUCAUGUCUUAACGUGUGAGACGGCGGCAGAAAUGUGGCAAAAAUUACAUAGUGUUUUUGAAGCAAAAUCAGCAACAAGUACCAUGAUGUUGCAACAACGUUUUCUUCAAUGCAAGUUUGAAGAUGGAGAGCUGUCAGUGUUCUUAGCUAAAGUUCAAGAGAUGGCAACUGGUAAUUCUAGAGUUAAACAUUUGGAAAUAAAGCAAGCAUUUGUUAAAGAAAAGCUUGAAAAUAAAAUAAUUGAUUUAAGAUAUAUAAAUACAAGUGAACAGCUUGCUGACAUACUUACAAAAGCUUUAGGGGGUAUAGCAUUUAAGAGAUUAAGGGAAAAAUUGUUUUGAUAUUGAGGGGAGAUGUGAACAGGACAAUAUAAAUACAAUUGUAUAGUGGCAACCCAGUGUCUAUGGUCUAGUCUAUGGUUAAGUCUGUCAAGAUGUCCGACGCUACCUAGUUCUAGUUGUGUGAGGCUACAAGUAAUGUUCCUUAUAGUCGACCAUGUUAGCUCCGUACCUAAUAAACAGUUCAAGGCUCAAGCUUCCAGCAGACUUUCAUUUGUC